AUGAGUUCCAGUGUUUUCUCGGCCGAGACACUGGACGCCAAAGCAAAGGAGCUGAUGAAGCGAAAUCUAGCGCUGGACGAAUCCGAGAGAAACAGCUGUUGUAUCGCUGUAGCAGGAGGUGGAGGGAAAGCCUUGUCUGCAUUGUCAUCAACUUCUGGAGCUUCCCAACUGCUUUUGGAAGGCUGCAUCACGUACUCACGGAAAUCGUAUCUCUCUUACGUUGGGCUCCCUUCUGAUACCACUGGUUUUUUUUACACUUCCAUGGAGGCUUCUCGCUUGGCAUCCAAAGCCGCACUAUUAAAAUCGCUACACCAAACUUCUGAUUGCCGGCGUAUGCCGCACUGUGUCGGUGUUGGCUGUACCUCCACCUUGACUUCGUUUUCGGACUCUGGAGAGAAAUCAACGGCAUUCAUUGUAGCUACGAGAGCAGACGGAAGGGAGGUUUGUUUAAGCAUUCUGUUAGAUGGUUCAGGAAGGACACGUGAAGAACAGGAUAUAUGCGUCUCGAAUUGGGUUUUGCGGGCUAUCGAUUUUGUCAGCUCUGGAAGCAAUACUGUGGACGAUUUGCACGAAGAAAGAGAAGAAAAGGCGAUUAGAAUAGAGACCGAAUACACAUGCGUCGAAGGAAUAGAUACCGAGACUACAGUGAAAAGAGUUGUGGAUGGAGCCCAAGCGAUUGCUGUCCUCAUUCCUCUAUACAAGAGUGGUCAUCCAGUAUCCUUUCAAGCCUUGGCUGCACCAGUUAUACCCAACGGCUCUUUGAUUUUUCCGGGAAGCUUUAACCCUCCUCACAAAGGGCACAUUGCGCUGGCCGAAGCUGCGCUGCAGGCAGAGCAGGACAGAAGACCGUGCAGUCGAAGCGAGAAGAGAGCAACGUAUUUCGAGCUAAGUCUUUUGAACGCGGACAAGCCUGCAAUCGAUCCUCGGUCUGUUGUGGAGCGGAUUCAGUACUUUCUGGAGCUAGAAUCUCCACCGAGUCACUGGGGAAUUAUUCUGACGAUGGCACCACUUUUUUCGGACAAGGUUUCAGAAAUUCAAAAGUGCAUCGCGACCUUUGACAACUCUUGUCCGAAAAUGUCCUUUGUAAUUGGCGCAGAUACCCUGGUUAGGUUGAUUGAUCGGAAAUAUUACGGCAACGAUGAAAGUAAGAUGGUAUCGGCACUACAAGAAAUGGGAGGCACUCGAUUUUUAGUCGGUGGACGAGCCUUGAGUCAUCGAUUUGUUUCUGGAAGUGAAGAAAUUAGCCAGCUUCCGGCGGCAGUCAACGACAUGUUCACCACAAUAAGUGAAGAAAAUUUUCGCUCGGAUAUAAGCAGCACCGAAAUUCGAGAUAGUUGGAGCAAAGUGAAGUACCGGUAG